ACUAAGCAUCUCCGAACCGAAUUACAAAAAGUGGAGCAAACUUUUCCGUCUUCUCAUUCUCCGAUUCAAUCUCAUGGGGUUCCUUGAUGGCACCAAAGUCACCUCCUCCUCCACCGACGUUGAAUGUCACCAAUUCGAUGCCUUGCUCCAAGGGUGGAUCCUCUCCACCGUCACCAACAAAGUCUCGGAUCUUGUCCUCGCAAACAGCCCCACCGCUCAUUCUCUAUGGACGGCAAUCUACAAAUUGUUUCAUGAUAAUAAACAUGCCCGUGCGAUGCAGUUGAAGCAUCGGUUUCGAACAACCGUCAAGGGGACUCGGACGAUCAGUGAAUAUUGUCAUCUCCUCAAAAAUCUUGCCGAUUAUCUCGAUGAUGUGGACGCUCCGGUGACCGAACAUGCCUUGGUGUUGCAGGUUCUUCAAGGGUUGCCUCAAGACAUCCGGGCUCAGGUUACGUUUCUCCAAUAUCAAACUCCGUUCCCCACUUUUUUGGAGGUCCGCUCGGCCCUCUUGCUCGUCGAACAACAACAAACCGACACCAGCCACGGCGUCGGCUUGUCGACGGCCCUCCUCAGCGCCAGCAGUGGCGGCGGGAGUCCAGUGGGGGGCGGGCAGCAGCGGCAGGCAGGCGGCCCUGGACAUGGAUAUGGCGGUCAAUCUCGGCCCUUCAAUGGCGGAAACCGAGGAUAGGGACGUGGCCGCGGACGUGGAGGCUCGAAUUCACGACAACCCACCGGAUCUCAACCCUGGCAGUUUCCUAA